AUGUUGAAACCUGAAACCUCCAUUGUGAAAAGUUCAUCUAACAGCAUUGGUUAUGCGAGCCACUCUCUCAAGUCUCUAUCGCCUCUGGAGAAUCACGAAUCGGCUGUGGGAAAAUCCAACUUGCUCUCCCGCUUCGCCCGCAACGAGUUCGACGCCAACUCCAAGGCCACCAUCGACGUCGAGUUCCAAACCCAGCUCGUCGACAUCGACGGCAAGGAAAUCAAAGCCCAUAUCUGGGACACCGCCGGCCAGGAGCGCUUCGGGGCCGUCACCUCCGCCUACUACCACUGCGCCGUCGGUGCCCUCGUCGUCUACGACAUCACCCGCUGUCAACUUCAAUAG